GCCGCGGCGUAGGAAUCCGGGAUGUGAUUUUACCGAAAGUCAGGAAUUAUCUGGAUUUUUGUGAUUUUUUUUUCUUAAUCAUUUUUAAUCUUCGCACAGCGCGAAACUGACACUUAUGACAACACAUAUGUGUGUGCUUUCUUUAUCUGCGUUUGUAUAGAGACGGAAUCCUUGGUGAGCACAUUUUGGUGGAAAAAGAACGGCUAAAAACUACUGAAUUUCGGAAAACAUGGAGACAAGAAGGGAAGGACCCGACUAGAGCAAAGUUUCCAAACAAAUUAUUACAAGAAAGAGAGGGAGUCGGUGCGCGAGAGGAAAAUAUGUGUGGCACAUCCGUCAACUUUGGAUUGUAUUUCAUUGCCCCGUUGAUACGACGCUGUUUUAAGUAGAAUUCCUGAAAUUGGGAACUACACCGCUGCUCCUAGCUCAAACAGCCAACUAUCUGUAAAGUUUUCUCCCGGUGUUAUAGCGGAAAAUGUGGGAAUUCUGGGAGUUGGACUAGGCUGUGGACAGAAAUCACAACGAUAUGUUCAACACUUUGGAUGUUUUAAUCCAACCUUUGUACGAAUUUUCCCCAGAUUUCCUCACAUUGGAGUGGUCAGGAUACGUUCUUCUGGAGGAAAAAAGUCCAUUCAGCGUGUUAGAGGCCUAAAAAGGAUGUAUUUUAGUUCACAUACUUAACAGUUCAUCAUUUUGUUGCAAACUGACGUUUUUUGCAAUACAAAAUAUUCCGCGUAUGGGAUUAGGUUCAGUUGAGGAAUGCCGAGUUGGACGUAUUUCGGUGAGGGAAAUGAUAGAAAGCCGUCGAGACGUACGAAGUAGCAUUUGGGACUAAAAUGAGCGUAGAGCUUUUGGACUGAAGCGAAAUGCAGCCGGGCGGUCUCGUUUAUUCCUAAAGCAACAAAUUAGCGAAAUAGUGUUUUUCUGGCUUGACUUACAGCGCUGGUUUGGGAUUGAAAAGAGGCGACUGUAUCCAGACAGAGGCGAGGGAAGCCUGUCGGUCUGUGUGGUGGCAUUCUGGCUGGGAAAAUGAUGAAGCGCCUCAAACAGGCAGAAAGAGUUGUUCUCCAUUGAUCAUCUGUGUUUGCGUUUCGCAUCGAUUCUUUCGCUAACUCUUGUGUUGUGUACGGUCAAAUGACCCAGACUACUAAAACCAACUCAGAAAAAAACGUGGGAAUAUAAACCAUAAGCUUUUAUUUUUCAUUCAAGAGGAAACAUUCCCAUACACAUCAAGACGGAACUGUCAAAAUCCAUUCCGUUGUUUAUUAUUUUUCUUUCAAAUACAAAGGUGUUUUACCAUGGUAAAAUGCUAAUUGGAUAAGAGCUGAAGAAAAUCAAGAAAGGAAAGCCCAAUGAGCGGCACACAGUCCACGCUUGCUGAGAGGUUUCCCAAAAAAGCGAGCAGGACAGGAAGUAUUCUCAGCAAGGACCAUCCCCCAGAUAAAAAGGCCAAAAGCGACAAGGCGUCAGUCCCCCUCUCGCAUGAGUUUGACCCCACAGGGCUUGUGCAGCGUUGUGUUAUCAUCCAGAAAGAUGAGAAUGGCUUUGGGCUGACAGUGAGCGGCGAUAACCCUGUGUUUGUACAGCUUGUAAAAGAGGAUGGAGCUGCCAUGCGAGCUGGUGUUCAGACUGGUGACCGGAUCAUAAAGGUCAAUGGGACGUUAGUUACACAUUCAAAUCAUGUAGAAGUUGUAAAGCUAAUAAAAUCGGGCUCGUAUGUGGCCCUGACGGUGCUGGGGAGACCGCCUGGCUUGCCUCAGAUUCCCCUGUCAGACGGCGAGGGGGAAGAAGGGUCUCCGUUCUCGCUCAGUUCUCCUCACUCCCCAGGGCCCAUCGGACCAGAGCGCUCCUGUUCCUCCCCCAGCCCCUCAGAGCGAAAAGCAGCCUCUCUGCCUGUAUGGGGCAUAACAGAGGACUACAGAAACCCUACAUCUAAACUACUGAAGGAAAUCCAGGACAUUCCACAGAACCAGAACCAAGAGCAGCUCAGCAAACCCACUGGACAGGAUGAAUCCAUAUCUCCGAGACCAGGUGAAGGAGAGCUGGAGGAUUUUAGUGGAGAUGUGGAUCGACCCCCUUCCUGGCAGGGUGAUGCUGGGACGGAGCCAUUAUGGACCAACAAUAACAUGACUCCAGUUACUCCUUGUCUUUUCCCAGAGAGCCCAUGCCAAAGAGAGACCCCCUGCCACAGCCCAAAGACCACACCUCGAGACAGCCUCAACUCCUGUCCCUCGCCGGAUGCAGAAGACACACCUGACCUAGAUUCUCAGUCAAGUGUAGGGAGCCCUUGCUCUCGUCCUGUAGCACAUAUCAUCGGUGCUGAGGAUGAAGACUUUGGCAAAGAGCAGGAACAGGUUAGUGUGACACUGGCUUGGUUGUAGUGUGUGCUUUUUGUC